AUGGCCGCGUGUGGCGAGUACAUAAGGAGUCAGUUUCCUUCGAUAGACGAUGAUUUGUACCAGUACGUGGAGGGAAUACUCGACAGUUCGAAGGAUGAUUUCGAGGACGGGGACGAAGUCUACGAGGCCAUCGGCGAGGUCCUCCACGAGGUAGCCGAUAAACCAGAAAUCGAGGUUAGGAGAAUAUGCAGGAAACUGCUGGAGAUACUGAAGGGUGGACCCAAUGGUGACGGGGAGAAUCUUGAUGAAAGGCGAAAGAACGGUGUAAAUAAAGUGUUGAACGCGCCAGUCCACUUAGGGACCAUGGCUGCUACCCUGGAGGCACAAGUUGAGCAGAUCAAGAGUAUCUGGGUAACCACCAGAGACGAUUCCAUGAAAGUCGACGCCAAGAAGUUGGAAAAGGCAGAGGCAAAAUUGCAGCAGAAACAGGAGAAACGCGUGGGCAUUGAAUUAGGGGCCUUGGCGCGAAAUAAUACCGCAGUUAUUCAGACGUCGGAGAGUGCAAGCGCGAGUCAGAUGACCAGUAAAAAGGACAGUAGGAUGGAAACGAAAGGAGGGACUAAUCGAACCCAGGACAUCAGGAUAGAGAACUUCGACGUGGCCUAUGGAGACCGAGUCCUCUUACAAGGGGCUGACCUGACUCUGGCUUUCGGCAGGAGAUAUGGUCUGAUUGGUCGAAAUGGACUGGGGAAGACUACCUUACUUCGCAUGAUAUCCAGUAAGCAGUUACGAAUACCAUCCCACGUGCGAGUGCUGCACGUAGAGCAAGAGGUGGCGGGCGACGACACGUCUGCUUUGGAAUCCGUCCUGGCGUGCGACCACGAGCGCAGUGCCCUUCUAAGUCGAGAAGCGGAACUGCAGUCAGCAAUAGAAAAAGAAACCGCCAGCGACUCGGCGGGCGAGGAAUUAGCGCGAAUUUACGAAGCGAUGAGGCUGGCCGAGGUGGACAAGGCUCCAGCGAGAGCCAGCGAGAUCCUUUCAGGUUUAGGCUUCGCCGUGGAGAGGCAGUCCUGGCCGACGAAAUCCUUCUCCGGAGGCUGGAGGAUGCGACUCGCGCUCGCCAGGGCUCUCUUCUCCAAGCCUGAUCUUCUCCUCUUGGACGAGCCCACGAACAUGCUGGACAUCAAAGCCAUCCUCUGGCUGGAGAAGUAUCUCCAAUCCUGGCCCACCACGUUGCUGGUCGUGUCUCACGACAGGAAUUUCUUAGAUACGGUACCAACCGACAUCCUCUACCUCCGAGGACAGAAGAUCGAGGCGUACCGAGGUAACUAUGAACAGUUCGCGAAAACGAAGGGUGAGCGCGAGAGGAACCAGCAACGCGAAUACGAGGCCCAGCAAGCCAAGCGAGCUCACGUGCAAGAGUUCAUCGACCGCUUCCGAUACAAUGCCAAUCGUGCCUCCAGUGUACAGAGCAAGAUUAAGAUGCUGGAAAAACUGCCUGAGCUUAAGCCCAUGGAGAAGGAGGGCGAGGUCACGCUCCGGUUUCCCGACGUCGAGCAACUCAGUCCACCGAUUCUCCAACUGAACGAGGUUUCCUUCCGCUACGAGGGCGGGAACGACAGUUCCUACAUAUUCACCAACGUAAACCUCACUGCCACUUUACAGUCGCGGAUCUGUAUAGUCGGCGAGAACGGGGCGGGAAAAACAACCCUGUUAAAAAUCAUAACCGGAGCCUUGAGCCCGACCAGGGGGACCUUGCACGUCCACCGCAACCUGAAGUUCGGGUACUUCAGUCAGCACCACGUCGACCAGCUGGACAUGAGGGUUUGUCCGGUGGAGCUGCUUCAAAAUCACUUUCCAGGUAAACCAACGGAAGAGUACAGGCGGAUGCUGGGCAGUUUCGGCAUCAGCGGCGACCUGGCUCUUCAGACCAUCAACUCUCUCUCGGGAGGGCAGAAGUCUCGAGUGGCCUUCGCCUUGAUGUGCGCCGCCAUGCCGAAUUUCCUGGUGCUCGACGAGCCGACGAACCACCUGGACAUCGAGUCGAUAGAAGCUCUCGGGAAGGCGUUGCAAAUUUGCCAAGCUGGAGUGAUCUUGGUGUCCCACGACGAGCGACUCAUCCGCAUGGUCUGCAAGGAGCUAUGGGUCUGCGGGGAGGGCUCGGUGAAGUGCAUCGAAGGCGGCUUCGACGAGUACCGAAGGAUCAUCGAGAAGGAGCUAGAGGCGUAGGAAAAUUCCAGGGAUCCUCGAAUCCAGGACCUCUUGAGCGAUGCCUAGUGGACGAUUCCCCACGUCGCAAGACCCCCCCCAAGUGAUACCAAGGCGCUCUUUUAUAUUACCUUCCCCCUCCGUCGACGCGAACUGCCAGGAUAGAGGCGCCGACCGAGGAACCUCGCCCCAUCACCUGCGACGGUAUCAUUUUAUUUAUAAAUAAUCAAUGUUUAGAUAGCCCUGCCGAUCGGUAUCUCGCACGAGGCAGAAAGAACUCAAGCUCUGUCGUUACUGUACAUCUAAUUUAAUAAAUCGGUCAUUGUUA